AUGGUGUGCCUCUACUGGUCCAGCUUCAACCCAGACGACGGUUUGCUUUACCCGAGCAAAGUUCGAUUUCACCCGAAAUCGUUGUCCCGUUUCGGCGAGUUCUUGCUCCGAGUCUGCACCCGUCUACAUAUUGUCGGUUGCUCGCAAGUGGGCGCGUUCAAUCCACCACAGCUGACUUCGAGCCCGGAGACCAGCAACGCCGCUGGCGAUCGAGUCGAGGAGGAGAUUGUGGAGGUGACCAAUUUCACUCUGAUCAAUCUGAUACUGCGCAUCUGUGGCCCGAUGCCCGAGGCCAAAACCACACGAACACUGCUGUGGCUUCAGGUUAGUACGGUCUGUGUGUGUUCUAUACGCAUCAUCAGAUGCAACUCUUUUCUCGAGAUUUGUUGGAUGAAAUUCCCUAGGAGUUUCGACCGCAUGCGAUUGCACGAAUGUAAUGAGUUCUACCGGACUAUGGAACCUCCAUUUCUGUAUCUAGAUGUGUUAGGUGUCCUUUUGAAAACCUCCAUGUUUGAACCGUUAGCAUCAGCUCGGGGUCUAGGUUCCUUGAGUUCCUUACUAACGGCGUAUGCAUAUUUGUACGAUAAGGAAUAA